AUUUGCUCGAGUGAAUUUCUUUACAAGUUUUACUUGUGACGAGUGGAGACGGUUUUCUCUUGCCUGGCGGUCGGUUAACGAACGAUCCGCUAAUAACGCGCAUUUUCUUUUUGUAAGAACUUAACGGAAAUAACUUAAAAAAAAAUUGUGAAAAAACAAAGACAAAAAUCUAACCAACAAAUUGUGUAUUUGAGUGAUUAAAAAAUUAAUAAUUAUUUUGUAACUCCAACAAGUGAAAAAAGUUUACGUCUGUCGCAAAGUAAAGGAAAAGAAAAAAAUAUGGAAACAACAGCUGUAAACAGUGUAGUGAAUGGGAAUCACUACGAGCAAUUACAUCAGGGACGUCUGAAUAUGUACAAAUCAAAAGUCGAUGUUGUCUUGGGAGCCCAAUGGGGUGAUGAGGGCAAAGGCAAAGUGGUCGAUAUGUUAGCCUCCGAUGUGGACAUUGUUUGUAGAUGUCAGGGCGGCAAUAAUGCUGGUCACACUGUAGUGGCUAAUGGCACAGAAUUUGAUUUUCAUCUUUUACCCAGUGGCAUUGUAAAUGAAAAAUGCAUUUCUGUUAUUGGCAAUGGUGUUGUUAUCCAUAUACCCUCAUUAUUCGAUGAAUUGUCCAAGAAUGAAGCUAAAGGUUUACAAAAAUUGGAACAUCGUUUAAUCAUCUCAGAUCGUGCUCAUUUGGUAUUCGAUUUCCAUCAGGCUGUCGAUGGUAUGCAAGAAGCUGAAAAGGGUGGCAAAUCUUUGGGUACCACCAAGAAGGGUAUUGGUCCAGCUUAUUCCAGCAAGGCCACCCGUAACGGUAUUCGUGUGGGUGAGCUUUUGGGUGAUUUUAACCUCUUUAGCGAAAAAUUUAAAUCUAUUGUUGCAACCCACUUGCGUUUGUUCCCCUCCAUUGCCGUUGAUGUUGAUGCUGAGCUUUUACGCUACAAAGACUACGCUGAAAAGUUACGUCCUUAUGUCAAGGACACAAUUUGUUUCUUACAUACAGCAUUACGUCAGGGCAAAACUAUAUUGGUUGAAGGUGCUAAUGCUGCAAUGUUGGAUAUUGAUUUUGGCACGUAUCCUUAUGUAACUAGCAGUAACUGCAGUAUAGGUGGCGUCUUAACCGGUCUUGGUUUGCCGCCACAAACUAUUGGUGAAGUUAUUGGUGUUGUUAAAGCUUAUACAACCCGUGUGGGUGAUGGUCCUUUCCCCACCGAACAAUUGAACGAAUUUGGUGAAUUGUUGCAAACUCGUGGAUUUGAGGUUGGUGUUACCACCAAACGAAAACGUCGUUGCGGUUGGUUGGAUAUUCCUCUAUUAAAAUAUACCUCACUAGUUAAUGGCUAUACCUGCAUCUGCCUUACAAAACUUGAUAUUUUAGAUACUUUAGAAGAAAUUAAAGUUGCUGUUGCUUACAAACGUGCCAACGGCGAUAAAUUAGAUCAUUUCCCUGGCACUAUUGCUGAAUUGGCUAACAUUGAAGUUGAAUAUGCCGUUUUACCCGGCUGGAAAACAUGCACAGAAAAUAUUCGUGACUUUAAGGAUUUACCUGUAAAUGCACAAAACUAUGUACGCUUCCUAGAAAAAGAGCUGAGUGUACCCAUUCGAUGGGUUGGUGUUGGCAAAGGUCGUGAAUCUAUUAUUAAUGUACAUUAGCACUUAUCUACUUAGUUUAAACUCUCAUUAUAUCCCUCAUCCCUUUAUCCCUCCCCCUUUAUUUCUUUUUUGUUUUAUUGUCCUCCAUUGCAAGUUCAAUUUAUAAAUUAUCCGUUUAUUUUUUUAUUAUCUUUAAUUUUUUUAAACUGGACGCUAUUGUGUUUACUUUAUUUCUUUUAUUUUUUAAAUGUAAAAGAUUUUGUGUAAGCUUAAAUUUAUUUAAUAAUUUUUAAAAAUUUAUAUACAUAAUUAAAACAAAUGCAACAUUUACUAUAAAUACUUAAAUAUUUGA